AUGCUACAACCUAUCAUCUCCCACCUUCUUUUCCCACAUGCUACAACCUAUCAUCUCCCACCUUCUUUUCCCACAUGCUACAACCUAUCAUCUCCCACCUUCUUUUCCCACAUGCUACAACCUAUCAUCUCCAACCUUCUUUUCCCACAUGCUACAACCUAUCAUCUCCCAUCUUCUUUUCCCACAUGCUACAACCUAUCAUCUCUCCACCUUCUUUUCCCAAAUGCUAUAACCUAUCAUCUCCCCACCUUCUUUUCCCACAUGCUACAACCUAUCAUCUCCCACUUUCUUUUCCCACAUGCUACAACCUAUCAUCUCCCACCUUCUUUUCCCACAUGCUACAACCUAUCAUCUCUCCACCUUCUUUUCCCACAUGCUACAACCUAUCAUCUCCCACCUUCUUUUCCCACAUGCUACAACCUAUCAUCUCCCACCUUCUUUUCCCACAUGCUACAAUCUAUCAUCUCCCACCUUCAUCUCCCACCUUCUUUUCCCACAUGCUACAACCUAUCAUCUCUCCACCUUCUUUUCCCACAUGCUACAACCUAUCAUCUCCCACCUUCUUUUCCCACAUGCUACAACCUAUCAUCUCCCACCUUCUUUUCCCCACAUGCUACAACCUAUCAUCUCCCACCUUCUUUUCCCACAUGCUACAACCUAUCAUCUCCCACCUUCUUUUCCCACAUGCUACAACCUAUCAUCUCCCACCUUCUUUUCCCACAUGCUACAACCUAUCAUCUCCCACCUUCUUUUCCCACAUGCUACAACCUAUCAUCUCCCAAAACAGAAGUCAAUGCAGUAUAA